AUGGCCGACCCUUUCGAUGUUCGAAUGCGGUUUACCCACCAGCUUCAGAACUUGAAUGCAUCGAGUACUGCCUCCCAAAAAGCAGCCCACUAUGCACUCAAGAACCGCGAUAUGGACGAGGACCUGCAUUCGUGCAUCCUAGAGCAGCUUGAAUUGACUUCAAUGAACAUAAGAGCAAACAUCAUGUAUUUCAUCGAGCACCUUUGCGACAUGGCUCAGCGUGAACAAUACCCCGGCUACGUGACAAUGAUGCAGCGAGAUAUCGUACGAGUUGUGGACGCUGUUUCACCAGCAGACGGCUCCGGAGCCGCAAAUCUCAAGGUCGUACGCAAGGUGCUGCUAGGAUUACAGAGCAAAAGUGUUUUACAGUCGCAAACCGUGCAAGAAAUAGAAGAGGGAUUGAAGGAACGAGAUACAAUCUCUGGGCCCAAUGCGGCCCUCUCCCCUCGUUCUCCGAAUACUGUGAACACUCUCAACGCUCCCAGUCGCGACGAUCAUUCGGUUCAUGCCGGAUCAAAAGCGAACGGUGUCACUACUCGACUAGACAAGCGGCAGAUAGAGCAGAGAAUCGAGGAAGAUAGAGAAAGGCACAAGCGAUUGAGGGAAGAUAUCUGGGCCGUGGGAGGAGAUGAAAACCAGGAUGAGGAAUUUGAGAAGAUGUGGGAAGAAGUCAGUGAUCUUGGGUCAGAUGAUUAUUUGCAAGCGGAAGAAGAGGCGGAGGAGCGAAGAUUAGCAUUGGAAAUGGGGUGA